AUGUUACACAGAGGCGGUUUCGGCAACAAGGGCCGACCGGGACGCGCCAGCAACCAGGCAUUGGACGCCGCCAGAGGACCGAGGGUCAGGCGAGGGUCAUCUGUGCCGCGGUGGGCUGGGCAUAUUGGACGCCGCCAGAGGACCAAGGGUCAGGCGAGGGUCAUCCGUGCCGCGGUGGGCCAGACAUAUUGGACGCCACCAAAGGGUCGAGGACUUAGCAUCCCAGUUUCCGGGUGGGUGCAGCAGACGGGCAUCACCCAACGGGAAGUUUUCGGGUGGGUGCGGCAGAGGCCAUCACCCAACGACGGUUCGGCAGAUAGCUGCCGUAACUGGGAGAAGGAGGCGGUUUCGGCAACAAGGGCCGACCGGGACGCGCCAGCAACCAGGCAUUGGACGCUGCCAGAAGACCGAGGGUCAGGCGAGGGUCAUCUGUGCCGCGGUGGGCUGUACAUAUUGGGCGCCGCCAGAGGACCGAGGAUCAGGCGAGGGUUAUCCGUGCCGCGGUGGGCCAGACAUAUUGGACGCCACCAAAGGGUCGAGGACUUAGCUGGUAUUUGCAGCCUGUAUCUCGCACCGUGCGACCUGCACAACGGCUGUGACGGCAAAUAUAACUACGUCGGGUCCGAUAGUUACCAGUUACCACCAACACCAUAGGCCAUGUCCUAAUAGGGGUCUCCAUGAAC